AUGAUGUGGGGUUUCCGGCAUCUGGACACGCUGGAGGCGAGAACGACCCGGGUUCAGUACCUGCGGGCGCUGCUCGACUUCAGGAGAUGGUGCUGCGCGAACCUUCCAAGACAGCAAACCGCCAGAGUCAAGGGGGACGGCGUGCUGGAACACGAGGACGAGAUAGGGAGGUACAUCGACGAAGACAUGGGUGAUCAGUGGCACACCGCCAAGGGCGACCUACAAUGGAUGCACGGUCCCCGCGUCAACGCCACGCGGAUCAGGGCGUACAUUCUGUCAAUCGCGAGGCAGCAUGGUAUUGCAAAGGCCGAGGAGCUCGAGGAGCUGAAUCCCGACGUCCGUGUCCAGCCCCUGAAGCCGACAACCGUUUCGAUGCUGCUCAUCCGCAUCAAAGCGCUCCAGACAGCCUGCAAGGUCGAGGGGACGCUCUUCGGGGUGAAGGAGCUCCACAUCAUGUACGACAUCUCCGAGGUCCGCUCGGAGGUGUGCGCGCGAUGGUCAGAGAGAAGUGGCACAGGGACGACAGGUAAGUCGGCAAGUCGUCCCGCGCGGCUCACGCCUGUUUCCCGGUUCGCCCAGCUAACCCAGUCCUCGUGGAAACUGAUGUGCAGGGAUUGCGUCGACCGGCACCGCGGAACGCUCGGCGACACGUACACCACCGACCAGAUCCGCCACCUCAUGUUCAAGGUCUUGCCGACCUGGGCAGCUCGGGCGUACGAACCCAAAGCGGCCACCCCCUCCCAGACACUGUGGAAGUUUCUGCUGAUGAAGACGAUGACCCUCUUGGGUCACCACACCCUUCUCCGCGGAGCCAGUCUCCGAGCGAUCGAGCUCCCCGACCUGUUUUUGUACAGAAUGGGGAACGCGUCGCCCGAGCACUCCACGCGACGGCCGGUUGUCAUGGUCGUCGCGUCACGAAACUCCAAGACAAACAAGGAUGCUCGUCUGCAUCACAGCUACGCGGCGAGACACCUGGAGCAAGAGAUGUGCGCCGUCGGUCACACACUGUUGUGGCUGCACUUCGUGUACGGCCAGCUGAGCCGCUCGCCCACCUCUCGAUGUAUCUUCAUCACGCGCAACACCCACGCCGCCCGGGCGGGUGGGGCACAGGAGCUGGCCGACGACGGCGUUCCGCGAUCUGACAUCGCCGACUUGGGCCACUGGGCGCUCGACAAGCUCGCGAAGAGCUACAUCACGACCAUCCCGAAGGCGGCGGUGUUGAGAAAGGCCGGCUACACGGGCAAGCGCGGCGACUACCACCUCGGCCGGAGCAUGGUGAAGCCCGACGACAAGGUUGUGGCCCUCAUCGCCCAGCACAUCUUUCCGUGGGCUGAAGCGGAACUGGCCAAGGUGAGCAUUUCGGACGGCAAAAACGUCGACAACCCGCCGACCAUUUCCACGACGACAUUCUACCGACGGCUGAUUGUGUUUGUGUUUGUGUUCGACUCGCAGGCGGUAAGGUGCGCAUCCGCGAGAGAGCCCAACACGGCCGGGGUGCACUUCCUGCAAUCGCUCAUCGAGUUCGGCCGCCGAAUCAUCGCCGAGGAUCUUGCGUGCAUGCUGAUGCGCGAACCGUGGCACCCGUACGUCCAGAGUUCCAAGCUCUGCCGCGACCCCGACUUCCAGAAAUGGGCCAAGGACGUCAACCGGGUGGACCUCGAAACCAUCGCGACGCGCAGUACUCCGAGCGAGAACCCCCAAGAGGAAUUCAGCGCGCGAGUCGACGCCAAAUAUCAGGUCGGCCAGCUCACCAUGAUGAUGCACCGCCAGAGGGAGGAUGCCACGAUGGAGAAGCUUGAGAUGCAGAAGAAGUUGGAGGAGAAGGACGCGGAGAUCGCGAAAUUCCUCGUCAGACACACGCGCAUGAUCUGCAAGGUCGAAAAGGGCGACAAGCCCGCCGCGUUGGGGAAGUCGGCAAAGAGCUCUCGUCCCACGACCGAGGUGGGUGAGACGGGGAAAAACGAUGCGCUGCAGCACUGCACUCGCCGGAUGAGGCGGAUCAUGGAAGCGGUGCACGACUUGCGGCGGAGCGACGACGCUGCUGACACCGUCGCCGUCAUCAAGCUACUCGACCACCUGGGGCGAGCGGGGCUUUCCACUUUCAGCGACGCGCUCUUGGUCCUCCGUGCAACCCCGCCCAUCAAGGUCCCCACCACAGCCGACGGAAAGUCGGUCGGCAUCAAGGGUCUGGACAAGCCGCUGGCGAGGAAGCUCGCCGUUGCGUGGGGCAUGGUCACGACGGGCUACAUGGACGCUGACUGGGGAAAGAGGCUCUUCGGCGACUUGUGGGAUGUGCAGGCCAAUAAGGCCGGCUUGGAGGCCGAGGCGACGGCGGGAGCCAUCGGCGCAGGGAAGCGCAAGAGGGCGGGCUGA